GGCGGGAGAAGCUACAUCACACCCACAUACCUCAAGCUGCUGAAUCAUCAUUCAUGGCUGGUUCCGGGCUUAAGGAUGUCGCACUUCAAGGCUUCGACAAGAGUGGCGACUAUGAUCUCCACAGGCCCACGUACAGUACGACUGCUGUUCAGGAGUUGUUAGAGCAGUGUCGGGUCUCCGGCAUAAAACGAGCCAGAGUCUGCGACUUGGCCGCAGGAACCGGCAAGUUCACUGAAGCUCUACUUAAACAACGUGACGAGCAAUAUGAGAUCAUCGCGAUUGAGCCUCACGAUGGCAUGCGCGAGAUUCUUGGGAAAAAGCAGAUUCCCCAUGUGGCAGUCCUGCCCGGCACGGCUGAACACAUGCCGCUUGAGGAUGAGAGUGUAGAUGUCGUAAUUGUUGCACAGGCUUUUCACUGGUUUGCCACCAAAGAAGCGCUGCGAGAGAUCCAUCGCGUACUGAAACCCCAUGGCUGCUUCGGCAUGAUUUGGAACAUAGAAGAUUAUAACGCACCGCAGGACCACAAAGCAACGACAGAGUGGGAAGGGAAGGUGCAUGCUCUGACUUGGACCUUCUACGACAACGAGCCGCGCUUUCGGCACCAAGCAUGGCGCAAAGUCUUCGAGGACCAGAGCAAGUCUUCUCCUCUCGAUUUGAUUAGGGCGAAGGAGCAGCUGUUCGCGCUACCGCUCGGUGAGCAUGUGGAGGCUUUCGAGACGUGGCUGCCGAAGGAGGAUGUUUGGAAGAGAUAUAGCACGAUAUCACAUAUUUCUGUGCUCAAGGGCGAGGAGCGUGAGAGAACACAUCAGACAGUUAUCGAUGCCUUGAAUAGUCCCGAGGUAGAGACGAAUGAGCGCGGCGAGGUCGCCGUGCAUGGCAAGACAUAUGUCGUAUGGACCUCGAAGAUUCCAGAGGACGGCCGUGCAUCCCUGACGAAUGUUGAGCGGCCGGGCGCUUGAGCAACUGUCAAUGUGCCGAGAUGGCGUUGAGGCAGAGAGCUUCAGUCCACCCUAAUCAAGGCUGAACCGCACUCGCCAUGGCCCUGAGGAAGAAUAUCGGCGACGCUUUAUCGCGGCAUCUCCGAAUGAAUCCUAAACAGAUGAUAUCGUGGCUCGGGCACCGCUCAUGAGUCUGCGCUGAUAUACAUAACGUUGUUGCCUCUCACGAAAGCAUCUCCGUAGCUGCGUCUCAGCUUUCCGUCGACAUACUCCUUGGUCUGUUCGAGUGCAAUGUUCAUGUAGCCAUCAACAGACUGCAGUUCGCCUUUGUACACAACACCACUAUUGAGCUUCACAGUGAC